AUGCUCGCGGUAGACGAGAAUGCUACAAUCUCUGAUGUAGAGAGAGAUCAUAUGGAAGUCAUUGAAAAGCUUGUCCCAGAUUUAGCAUCUCUGCGGGCGACGCUCUGCCCUUCUUACAUGGAUGAAGAUGCAUUCUGGAAGAUAUACUUCAAACUACUUGAGUCAAGCCUAAGUGAACAUACUUCAGAGGAAGACACCCAGAAUGUGCAAGUUUCUGUGCAUCGCGUAAAUGAGAUAGAGUCUCCACCUCAUGUCUGUGAGAUAGAAAGCGAGAAAGGCACUCAAGAGGGUUACCAAUCUUCAGGGAACCAUGCUUUGACCAAAACACGAUCCGAGCAAAGCAUGGACCAGUGGGUGUUUGCAAAGUCAAAGUCGGAGCAGAGCAUGGAUCAGUGGUCCGAAAUACCUUCAGACGUAGAAUCCUUUAGAGAAGGUCAUAAAAGGUACUUCAGCAGCGAGGCCGAGGAGAUGAGCGACGUCGACAACUCCAAUGUGCUCGUCAUGGACAAAUACAUGGACUCGCUGCUGCCGGACCGGAGAAGCCUCCCGUACGCCAGCUCCUCCGUGAGAAGCGAUUCGGUAAGAAGGAAGCCCGCCGCCUCCUCCCCCGACUACAGCCGCCGCCCUCCGCAGCCCACCGCGCCCGUGUCGCUGUCGAAGAAGGAAUCAUGGGAUCUCAUUCAGGAUUCGGAGUUUGAGAUACUCGACAGCUAG